AUGUUUUGCAUCAAAUGCUGUCAAGAUGAGCAUAGACGAUUGCCAUUUCACAAAAUAAGCAAAUGGAACGGGAGCUUUUUCGAAGCGACAUCAUUGACGAAGAUCGAUAUGGAAUUUCAUCUGGGGCAUAGUGGGCUUCCGUGUCCGUGUCUCAAGGAUAUCCAUGAAUGGGAGGACUUAGAAGAGCCCACUUGCGAACUGUCCUCUGACUACUCAGCAAUACCGGAGCUGCCAUUUCUACAUGCAAAAGAAUGCACAACAGUUAUUGACAAAUCCGGAGUCCAUUCGCUCCUCAUCAGGUAUUGUAAAUGCCCAAAUGCCGCUUCCCCGGACAGGCAGCUGUUUGCAAUGGGCAUGUUUCCGGCAUCAUUCAGUCGGCCCAAAUCGGCAUUCACGCGAAUGACAUCUAGCACAUUUCCGCAUCUAGUCCCUGACCGGUAUAGGGAAUUAAUGCGGGUUGGAAGGCAAUGGCGUCAACUGAAACUUCUGAAAUGGAACGGCUUUGCUCACGAGAGAAGACUUCCGGAUCCAGGUGAACUUGCCCUAUUUUGCCCCACCUGUCCGCAACCCGGUAUCAAUGCACCACAGCUGGCCGAAAGAGACAGCAACCAUCCGGAUUGGAUAUACGCCAGAUCACUAGUGAUGGAUGGUAAUUUUAAAGCAGAACAUCUCCAUCCUACUCGUCCGGAAGAUGAAGUAUGGUUGACCGAUGGAAGGUGUUUCAUGGUGACCAGAGAACAAUACAAGAUGCAUCUUGCUGGUGCCAAAGAAAAUGCGCACAUGUCGGAAUGUAACAACCAUCGGGCUGUAAAUCAAGCAAAUGCUUCCCGACACAAACUGGAAGCUACAGGAAUAGGUGGUUGCGCAUGUGCUCGACAUGGCUGUUUCGUCCCCCAUUCUAUUGUCGAUUUUCAGAAAGGCGAAAGUCGAGCUUUGACAUUUUAUGACGUUAAUUGCCAAUAUAACAAAUUUUUGCGGCGCAGGGUAAAUGACAGUUCACACUUGAGCAUUCCGGCCGGUAUGGAGAUAGUUCCGGGAAUAGGACUUUGGCAUGUCCAUGGUCAUCAGGACAAAUGCUAUGUCCGGUAUGCAUCCACCUUCAUCACAGGGGCAGCCAGGAUCGACGGGGAGAUCAUGGAGACAUUGUGGGCGCCCCUGAAUAUCAUAUCUCCCUCUGCGAGAGGGAUGUCCACUCCCCAUCGACAGGAAUGUCUUGACUACCAAAUGAACGACUCAAAUUUUAUGAAAAUGAUCAGAAUGAGUGGUUUCCUAUGUCGGAAAUAUCGAGAAGCAGUGAAGGGAGUGUCCGAAAGCAUGACGGCAUUUGAGAAGCUGAAUGAAACCGCGGAUUCUGCCAUGGUCGAAGCUUGGGUGGAACAAGAUCGAGAAGCACAAUUGCAUCGAAGCACGGAUCCAUCGGCAAUGGACAUAUUCGACGUCCAGCUGCAAAAGGCACCGACCAGGAAACAGCAAGAGUUGGCUUUACUGUCUUCUCGGACCGGUAACGGAGGAGGGCACGCAAAACGCGGUGCUGCUACGUGGAUCGCAUCCGGUAUCACUAUAGAAGAGCUGCAAAUAUCUCUCUUGAUCGACAUCCGGAGGUUGGGAAAACACUCCACCGAAACGCAGCACCUGGAGAUAGUGAGACGUCGUACAAAGCUGCAAAGUAGGAUAGAUGAAUUUACAACCAUGGCAGUCAAUCAUUUCGGAGAAGACUUUGAUCUGGAUGACGAUAUCAGAGAUCUCGAGGUUGAAUUUAUAGAUGACUCAGAGGGCGAAGGAGACGUGUUUACCGAGAGUGACCAUGAUUCCGACCAUGUCCCUCAAUGCAAUUUCUUCCGUCCCGAGAAGGUGGUUAUACCUCUCCCAUCGAAUAUUGGCAUCAAAAGGUGUACUGAGCUGGGCGUCAUCCACCUUGUGGGUCAGGAAGUUGCACUUCGGGAAGGGCAGGCCAAUGACACCCUGCAAGCAAUCCGAGUUCUGCUAGCUGAUAAGGCUGUGCUCUUCCGCACCACAGUUCGUCCGGCCAAAUCCCAGGCAAAGUCAACCAGGGCGUGGACUCAGGUACAUUCGGUGGAAAGGGUCAUCAGACAGCAAACAAUGAUUUAUUCGAAAUGCCGGGCGCAACUCGGCAAUCUACAAGCUCACAACCUCUUAGAGAAAUAUCUCCGGAUGGAGAGAAGUCAUCUCAAAGCUACUGCCGCUGUAGCCGAUCCCAAUGCUCGGGGACAAAGAAACUCCACGCUUCCGUGGUUCUGGUCUCUUGAUGUUCAGGGAGAUUCUGUCAGCAGCGAUUGGAUGAAUGAAUGUCUGUAA